CCGUGAUGUCUGCUAUACGAUACAUGAAAUUUACAACAUUGAUCUGAAUGCUGAUGCAAGAUGUCUCGCCCGUCUUGCUUUGCGCCACCUCAAACUUUACCGUCAUGGCUUCUCAAAUCCUCCCGCUAGAACUAAUUGACAGAUGCAUUGGAUCCCGGAUAUGGGUCAUUAUGAAGAGUGAUCGUGAGUUUACCGGGACGCUGCUUGGCUUCGACGAUUUCGUGAAUAUGGUGCUAGAGGAUGUAACAGAAUACGAGACUACUCCUCAGGGAAAGAAGAAAACACGACUUGCACAGACGCUUCUCAACGGCAACAAUAUUUGUAUGUUAAUUCCAGGCAGCGAAGGUCCUGAGUCGGACUCUUGACUUAUCGCUCUUGCAUUCUUGACUCGGAGUCAGCUGCUUGUAGGGGAAUUUUCACUAGUGCCAUGUUGUUCGCGUAGGCAUGGUAAACCUCGGUGAUAUCGUUGGACAUUACGAGCUUCACAUUCUUUCACCCAAACAAACUAUCUAUGAUGUAGAACAUGUAUUGCCCAUUCACUGCAAUCCUUGUACUGAGGUUACAAAAAUGUAUACUAAAGUGGUGGCUUGAA